AUGAAAGAAUUUUUAUCAAGUAGAAAUAUUGAACCACUACAUUUACCGCCUUACACACCCGAACUUAACCCUCAAAUAGAGAAAAAUCUACCCCGAACCUACGAAGAAUUAAGGAGUGAAAUUACUAAGACUAUAAACGCUCUUAACCAAAAAGAGUUAAAAUAUGUUUCGACUAACCCUACCGGAUAUUUACAUUUGGCUCAUCUACGACAGGCCGUUAUUGGCAAUACUCUGGCUAAUGUUUAUCAGUUUCUGGGUUAUGAGUUUCAAAAUAUUUCUUAUCCGUUAACUACCAAUCUGACUUAUCCUGGACAAGCAACGCAGGACGCGGCCAAUUAUUUAAUCCAAAACAAAAUCCGGCAAGAUUUAAAUCGAUGUGGAUUACGAGAAAAAAAACUUGUCUAUACGGCGGACGGGGCCUCUUUUUUUCGCACUAGUUUAGCUGGAGACGAAAAAGACCGAGUAAUUAUCAAACAAGAUGCCGACCACCAUGGCUUUAUCCCUCGCUUAAAAGGGGCUUGUCAAUUAUUAGAUUACAACCCCGACCGAAUUAAAAUAGUGUUGGUGCAAACGCUUAGUUUGCUGGCCGAAACCGGACAAACCCAAAAGUUUUCUAAGCGUUUCGGAAAUACUAUCACCUUGGACGAAGUCGGCCAAUACCUAAAACUCGACCAACUAAAAUUUUUUUUGUUGGAAAAAGAAUCUAACCAGCCGCUUCAUAUCAACACCACAUUACUUCAAGAAAAACAAGAAAAAACCCGCCUUUACUACAUCCAAUACGCUCACGCUCGCUGCCACCAAAUUUUUCAGAAAGCCCAAGAAAAAAAAAUAUCAGAAAUUAGUUCCCAUCUCAAUCUAUUAACGGAAAAAAAAGAACGAAAAAUACUUAAUUUGUUG